AUGGAUAUCAAGAAUCGCACUUUGGAAUUUCAACGUUCAGUGACAAGUUAUAAUAAGAGACAUGCAAGGCAGUCCCCUGGUCAGAACAAUGUUAACAAUGAGGGUAAUUUGCAACCGAUAAGGAAGUCCAGCUUCCAGCAACGUGCUUCACAUAUUUCACAUGACAUCGCAAAGAUAGCACAGCUGCUGUCAAAGUUGGCUCAGUUAGCCAAGAGGAAACCGAUGUUUAAUGACAACCCAGUUGAGAUAGCGGAGAUGACAUAUUUGAUUAAGCAUAAAAUCUACACUGUGGAACAGGAGAUGAUGGAGCUUUCUCGACACUCUGUUGCGGCGAAUGGCCUCCAGGGUGCAGGUGAUGGGGGGGCGCAGACAAGACAGCAUACUAAGAAUGUGGUGAAUCUUCUAAGUACGAAGAUGAAGAAUAUUAGUGGCGAUUUUAAAAGUGUUUUGGAGGCACGCCAGAAGCUUGAGAUGGCUAAUAGAGAUAGGCUGGAGAGAAUAAGCAGCGAUAAUAGUGCUGCGGCUGCGGCUGCUGCGGCUACCAGCAUGGCAGCGGGAGGUUCAAUAGUUGCAUACAACAAUGCCAAUCCUUUUAUGAGCAAUGUAGUCGACGAAGAACCGAACCUCAACGAGCAUCUUAAUGGUUCAAACCAGUUGGCACUGCCCGAUGAGCGGAGUGUACUUCUUCUAGAAGAACAGCAAAAUGCCAACCAACAGUACUUGCAAGAGCGGAAUCGUGCGGUAGAAACGAUCGAGUCGACAAUUCAAGAAGUAGGAAACUUAUUCCAACAACUAGCGCAUAUGGUUCAAGAACAGGGGGAAACUAUACAGAGGAUCGAUGCAAAUGUCGACGAUAUUGACAUGAAUAUCUCUGGCGCGCAAAGGGAGUUACUAAAAUACUUUGAUAGAAUAAGCAGCAACCGUUGGAUGGCAGUCAAAAUAUUUGCCAUUUUGUUUGUGUUCUUUUUAAUUUGGGUAUUAGUAAAUUAA